UGUACCGUCUCAAUGGUCGUUAGCGCAAGUGUCUGUCAUACUCUCGCUCGCCGAUCUUUUGUGACAUCUCUUUUAACUGGUUGCCCUGUCUUGUUCUUUGGCAGAUCGGCAGAUUUUUAUGGACAAAAAAGGUGUUUAUGCUUGGUACUUUUGCCAGAUUGCCUUUUCCUCGGUUGUGGCUUUGCACAAGAUGGUCUUACUCUCGCCGUCUUGCGUGCCUUCCAAGGUGUUGGAGGCGCAGCCACAAUACCAUCUGCAGAAAUAUUUAUGCAAAAGUACUCACUUACUUUCUCAGCUCGGUAUCCUAGCGCAUGUGUUCUCUCCGUCAAGAGCACGUCCAAUGCCAUUCGCUACUUUUGCAACAGGUGCUCCUGUCGGCGGUGCAUAUGACAUGAUCAUUAGCGGUGUCCUAACUCAACUUUCCUCGUGCGUCAUGAUUACUGAUACAUGCUGUAUCUCCCAUGCUGUCACACAGAUCGCAUUGGCGCUCUGUAUUUUAUUUGGCUACCUUUAAUUGGAGUUUCCGCUCUGAUUUCAUUCAAUGUUGACAUUCCCUCACUGGAACUUGUCAAACGUGUCGACUUGAUGGGCGCUUCGCUUGUCACAGUCGGGUUGGUCUUGAUUGUGUUUGUACUUGGUCAAGGAGAAAUCGCUUCGGAUGGCUGGAAACCCCCUUGUAAGAAUGUCACCAAAGCAUACUGAUCAGACCAUCGACAGAUAUUAUCGCCCUCCUUAUCGUCGGGGUUAUCAUGCUUGCGCUAUUCCU